AUUUUACACACAUCCACAGAUGGAAGACACAUUAUGGUCAGGUUUAACAGACAGUUAUUGUAAACUUCCAAUGGGGAUCACGGCAGAAAAUCUUGCUGAGAAAUAUAACUUAUCACGGGAGGAUUGUGAUCGGUUUGCACUCGAGUCACAGACAAGAUGGGCAAAUGGUAUUUUGGCUUUUUGUUAACAUGAUCAGUAUUAUAAAUUCAGUUCUAGACAUGGGCAUUAUGGCACAAUGCAACUAAAUAGGUUAAACUAUGUACAUCUCUCAAUUCUAUACUUAAUAUUUUCCACUAAAUACAAGUCUUUUGAACACAUCUACUAGCUGUAUUUUAAAAAACUGUAUAUUUCGAAUCUAUUUUGAUUCAUCUUCAGCAGUAUCUUUACAAGAUAUGGCGUAUGAGCGCAUGCAUUUUAAUGCAUUUAAGUCUUCAGACUACUAGAUAGAAUGAAAAGAAUUGAGAUUAUUUUCUCACUCUGAUAACCGUUGUGUGUUCACAGCUCAGCAAUCAGGAGCAUUUGAAGCAGAGAUAUCUCCAGUAAAGGUGAAAGGUCGCAAGGGCGAGGAAGAUUUCAGCAUCGAUGAACAUCCGCGUGUUGGCACAGACAUGAAAAGUCUGGCUAAACUGCCUCCUGUGUUUAAGAAAGAUGGUACUGUUACUGCUGGAAAUGCAUCGGUAGGUUGAGAAUUUGUUGUAGUGAUUUGCAGUGUUGUUGACACAGUGGUCAAUCCAUGUAUCUUUCGUCUCUGUGACUGAGGUUUGAUUCCUGCAAUAUACAGUUGUCUCAUUAUAAUUUCACCUCAGUCACAUGGGAGAAGAGUGCUUCCAGUUUGACUCUAACAAACACAGCAGGUUUUCUCAAGGUACUGCAGUUUCCUCAUGUGGCUACUCCUGUGGUAACACUGGAGAUUGUCUUGACAGAUGAUGUGCUGAGUGGAUAUAUUACUACCUUAAAAAAUAAGCAGAAACUCGACGUUUCGAGCGAAGGCCCUUCGUCUAUGCAUGUGUCUAAAUACAGCAUUGGGUUAGCGCUAACCCUGGAUUAAAAUUUAAUCUGUUGUUUUAGUUUGUGUAUUUCUGCACGUCUGUUUAUUUCAAAACUUCAGAGAAGUAAACUAUCGAUCCAGACAAGAUCUCUGAAGAAAUAUUUCCAAAUUUAUAGACAAGCUGUCAGCAAGUUUGCUUUGAAUUUUAGGUUAACCUAGGGUUAAACUAACACAGCUUUGAACAACUGGCCCCAGGAUAUUUGUCCCCAGAGCCAUUGCUAGUAUAGUUUGUCUGUUCAAAACAAAAUGUUUGAGAGAUAAAUGAUGAUACAUCAGACAGAUGACGCCUCAUGACGGUUGAGAUAUGUUUCUACUAUAAUUUGAAUCAUCACAAUCUCUCUCCAGGGUAUAUGUGAUGGUGCGGCCUCCCUCGUCUUAGCCAGUGAGAAAGCGGUGAGGGAACAUGGCCUCACGCCAUUGGCUCGUCUUGUGUCGUACUUUACUUCCGGUGUGGAGCCAUCGAUCAUGGGUAUUGGGCCAGUUCCUGCUAUUAAGGGAGCUCUGAGCCGUGCUGGAAAGACAUUGGAUGAUAUGGACCUCAUUGAGGUAGGUUGUGUAGGAGGCGGGGGCUGUGUUGGGAGGGACUCGGAGGAAACCCCAGUAACACCAGAUCAAUAAGAGAUGACUCUUACUGGACCUCUAGGAAGAACAGUUUAGAACUGAUAGAGCUAUCGAGUACAGUAUAAAUAAAGUUAGUUUAGUUUAUGUUUCCUCCUGUAGUAACACUGGAUCAAUAAGUGAUGAUCCUUACUGGACCUCUAGGAAGAACAGUUUAGAACUGAUAGAGCUAUCCAGUAUAAAUAAAGCAUGUUUAUAUUCCUUGUAUGUAGGUAAACGAAGCUUUUGCUGCGCAGACAUUAGCAGUGAUAAAAGAACUGGACUUAAACACUGAUAAAACAAAUGUGAAUGGAGGUGCCAUCGCCUUGGGCCAUCCUCUGGCUUCAUCUGGAGCAAGGAUUACGACACAUUUAGUUCAUGAAUUACGACGUACUGGCGGUAAGCUUGCUGUCGGCUCUGCUUGUAUUGGUGGCGGACAAGGUAUGGCGGUAAUCGUUGAAAACAUGCAGUAAAAACUGAAAUACUGCGAGUGUUAUAUGAUAUGAUCAUUUUUAACAUGUAAUGAAACAUGAUUGUUAAGCCUUUACUUUUGGGAAAGAAUAUUGAAUUUACGAAAAUAUUAAGUUAACAAAGUGCACAGUGUAAAUUUUUAUUAAAAAUUGAAGAGAUUUAAUCGUUCAUGUAUAGGUAACACUUGAGCUGUACAAAUUAUGGUUGGUAUUUCUGUUGUGAUAAUGUAUGCGCUACAUUAUUAGUAGUUUUGAUAUAGAAGACGAGAGAAC